AUGUAUCAAUUAUGCAAAGAUGAUAUUAUAGCCAAGAAGUAUACAAAGAAACCACAAGAACAAUCAAAUUAUAAGGAUCUGGUUUGGUCAGAUCAGAACAUUGAUGAAAGAGCAUCUGAUUAUUUUUCCAUUUUACUAAUAGCUAGUAAAAACAAAGAUACCUGGAAACCCUUAGGCAGGCCUUUAGCAUAUAUUGGAGCCUACUUUGCUCCUGCUUUAACGUAUUCUAAUAUUGUUUUGGCUUCGACUUCUACUUGCAAAUCAUUAACAGAAUUACAUGCUUUAAUGAAAGUGGAAUCAAUAGAAGUGGAACCAAUAGGAAUGGAAUCAACAGAAAUGAAAUUAAUAGAGAUGAGAUCAACAGAAAUAGAAUUAACAGAGAUGGGAUCAACAGCAGAUGUAUUAGAAAAAAUAGAUAUUGAUAAGAUGACAAAAAUAUGGUUGGCAAUUGAGGAGUUAGAUAGGAUGUUAAAAAAGGAUAAUAAUCAAAUGGAUAAAGGUCGGCGAAACCUUCCAAAAGAUAACUGUGGUAAAUUCGCAAAAGUAUCAAGCCUUCUUGAUGAUGAGAGAAUAUCCAUGAAGUUUAGUGUAAAUCCUAAAGUUUUAAAGAACUACGUUGAGAAUGAAGUAUUUCCGUCUUUAGAAUUGGAACCUAUUCUUCUUAAAUAUUGUGACAAAGAUCUUUUAAAGCUACUAGAAAAGGAUAUUCCUCCUAGAGAAAAGCGACAUUGUGUAAUAACACAUGAUAAAACAACAUUGUCUGCAAAUGAUAAUGAGAAAACAGGAUAG